AGGAGAAUGGACAACAGGCUUUACGACAGCCACCUCUGACUCUAUCGGGACACGCAACUGGUCUCAUUCAAAAUCUGACUGCGGUCCACAGGCAUUUUCUCUGCGUUUGCAACAUUUACAUCCACCCACACCCUUUCGUCGUUUUGUUCAAUUGAUCUUACAGCCGAGCUAUGGCCGUGUCCAUGGCGACGUUGACGAGGAAUUUCCAUCUCUUCUCGUGCUACCGCCUGAUAUCUCGGUGCACUGGGGACAACCUGGACUAACCGAAUUUACUCUGUUCCUCCGUCGUUAGUCUUUUCUUGAAUUACUCGGAGCUAUCCCACAAUUUUUACAGUUUUUGGAGGGUUUUUCAGUUAUUUGUAGGUAAGUGAGUGGUCGUCUUGUGGUGUUUGAGAUGGAUUGCGCAUGUUCCGCUGGGUGCUUGUCUCGGGGAGUUGUUGGCAUUCCCUUUUCAAAAACAACAGAUUCGUGUUUUGGCUUGAAUACUAAUUCUACAGUUGGAAUCGACUUCUCGGGUCAGUAAAUUCCAAUUGGACAUUAAGCAGCAGUAUGGCGAAAUCAACCUCGGACAUAGUGGUCCCUGUACAUUCUGCUCAUCGGCUCGACGAAGGGCGCCUGUUGAGCUACUUGCAAGCAAAUGUCAAAGGUUUUCUGCAUCCACCUGCAUUUUUUCAGUUGUUUCAGUUCGGACAUGGGCAAUCGAAUCCCACGUACCUAGUGCAAGUGGAGCUCCAUGGAACAGUUCAACGAUACGUGCUUCGAAAAAAACCACCAGGGCAUAUUCUGCAAUCAGCUCACGCUGUUGAGCGUGAAUAUCUGAUCCUAUCUGCUUUAGGCGAAGGCAAAACGAACGUGCCGGUUCCACGUGUGUAUUGCCUGUGCACUGAUUCUACUGUUAUUGGCACUCCAUUUUAUGUCAUGGAGCACUUGGAAGGACGUUUGUUUGUGAAUCCAACAUUACCAGAUGUGGAUCCCAAGGAACGAAGGGCCAUAUAUGUUGCAAUGGCCAGAGUUUUGGCUGCUAUUCAUUCAGUAGAUGUUGAUGCAAUAGGUUUGGGCCAAUAUGGUCGGAAGGAAAACUACUGCAAGAGACAGAUUGAAAGAUGGGCCGCACAAUACCAUUUAUCCACAGGCGAAGGGAAGCUUGAUCCAGACCCCAAUAUGAUGGAACUUAUUCAAUGGUUACGAGAGAACAUUCCGUCAGAGGACGGGUAUCCUGGCUCAAGAACUGGAAUUGUGCAUGGAGACUUCCGACUUGACAAUCUCAUAUUCCAUCCAACUGAGAAUCGUGUGAUUGGUGUGUUGGAUUGGGAGUUAUCAACACUUGGGAAUCAGAUGUCCGAUGCUGCCUACAACUGUGUGCCUUAUGUGAUAAAUAACAAUCAGAGUCCAGCGAAGGGUUUUGGUUUCGAUGAACCUCUCACAGAAGGAAUACCAACUCUACAAGAAUACCUUGCUGAAUACUGUAGUGCAACAGGUGUGCCUUGGCCAGCUGACACAUGGAACUUCUACACCGCUCUUUCGUUAUUUCGAUCUGCUGCCAUCUAUGCUGGUGUUUAUUUGCGUAUGCUUCAGGGCAAUGCUUCUGGUGGUCAGCGAGCAGAGGUUGCGGGGAAAAUGGCGCUCUUCUUUGCUGCUGUUGCUCUCAGACUGGUUAAACAAGGACCUAUGUUGCAAUCUUUGCCUCCUCACUCUGCUCCAGAUUCAUUGGAGACGCUUGCAGAGAGUUCAGGAGCUGAAAGCAGCCAUCACAAGUCCCUUGGGUUUUCCCCUUCCGCAAGGGUUCAGAAGUUAAGAGAGAGGCUACUCCUCUUCAUGGAAAAGCAUAUCUACCCUAGUGAGAAGGAGCUCAGUGAUCUGAUGUAUUCCUCCAAUGAUAGGUGGACCAUUCAUCCAACCGAAGAGCGGCUUAAGAAAUUGGCUAAAUCAGAAGGGCUUUGGAACCUGUGGAUACCGGCAGACAGUGCAGCUCUUGCUUCAAAUCUACUAUCUGAAGAUGAGAAAGUUUCGCGUUCUAAAGAUGCAGCUGAUCGGCUAGUGGGAGCAGGAUUGAGCAAUUUGGAGUAUGCUCACCUGUGUGAAAUUUUAGGGCGCUCCAUGUGGGCUCCUCAAAUGUUUAAUUGUAAUGCUCCUGACACAGGAAACAUGGAGGUGUUGUUAAGGUACGGAAACCCCGAGCAGCAGAGGCAGUGGUUGAAGCCUUUGUUAGAAGGGAAGAUACGCUCUGGCUUUGCCAUGACUGAGCCUAACGUGGCAUCUUCUGAUGCGACCAACAUCGAGUGUUCUAUUGUCAGAGAAGCGGAGGAGUAUGUCAUCAAUGGUCACAAAUGGUGGACGAGUGGUGCAAUGGAUCCACGCUGCCAGUUGCUCAUAGUGAUGGGUAAAACAAACCCAAAUGCUGCUUUACAUAAGCAGCAGUCAAUGGUGCUCGUAGAUAUCAAGACACCUGGCAUUAAGAUAGUUCGACCAUUGUUAGUUUUUGGCUUUGAUGAUGCUCCCCAUGGGCAUGCAGAAAUUAAGUUCGAGAAUGUUAGGGUUCCUAUCUCCAAUUUAUUACUCGGUGAAGGCCGAGGAUUCGAGAUUGCUCAGGGAAGGUUAGGCCCAGGACGUCUGCAUCAUUGCAUGAGGCUAGUGGGCGCAGCAGAGCGUGGCAUGGAUUUGAUGGUGAAGCGGGCAAAUCAACGAAAAGCGUUUGGAAAAACUCUUGCACAACAUGGCUCGUUUGCUCAGAUGCUUGCUCAGUCUCGGUUGGAUAUUGAGCAAACUCGGCUCCUGGUUCUAAACGCUGCCCACCAAUUGGAUUUGUAUGGCAACAAAGUCGCCAAGGGUGCAAUUGCUAUGGCAAAAGUUGCUGCCCCAAGUACAACACUGCGAGUGCUGGACAAUGCCAUCCAAGUCCAUGGAGGUGCAGGUGUAAGCUCCGACUUCCCAUUGUCACAUUUGUGGGCCAGUGCACGCACAUUGAGGCUUGCAGAUGGGCCAGAUGAGGUUCAUCUUGGUACCAUCGCAAAACUUGAGUUGCAGCGUGUAGCAAAGCUGUAAUGCACUACGCAUAUUUCAAACUCCAUACUCUAUGAUGAGUCUUGUUUUCCUUUUAUGUUGCUUGAACUCGUAUUCAUAAAAUAAAAACAAACAGUACAACUCCAGAGGAUUUCUAGAUUUGUGAAUGAUUUUAGUAUGUGGUCAAUUAAAGGGAUCAAAACGUCUCGUCUUUCUUUA